UGCAGCAGCUGAGAGCCAACACUAGAUAGAGCAAGUGGGUGGAGCUUAGCAGUGGCAGGGCUGCAGCGGCGGCGGAGGCUCACUGAUAGGGGCUGAAACCAGAGAGAAACUGAUGAGCCAGCAGGUGGAGCCGCUCAUCCCUGUGACAUGGAUAAGUACGAAAAGGUGAAGAAGAUUGGAGAGGGCUCCUUUGGAAAAGCCAUACUGGUCAAAUGUAAAGAAGAUGGACGUCAUUACAUCAUUAAGGAGAUUAGCAUCUCUGGAAUGCCGACCCGAGAGAGACAGGAGUCUCGAAAAGAAGUGGCUCUUUUAGCCAAAAUGAGUCACCCCAACAUUGUCCAGUACAAGGAGUCCUUUCAAGAAGCAGGCUGUCUCUACAUUGUGAUGGAUUACUGUGAAGGUGGAGAUCUGUUCAAGAAGAUCAACUCACAGAAGGGGGUUCUCUUCUCAGAGGAGCAGAUCCUGGACUGGUUCGUUCAGAUCUGCCUGGCCCUGAAACAUGUCCAUGACAGAAAAAUCCUGCACAGAGACAUUAAAUCUCAGAACAUAUUUCUGACCAAAGACGGAACCGUUCAGUUAGGCGACUUUGGCAUAGCCAGGGUCCUGAACAGCACAGUAGAACUGGCCAGAACAUGCAUCGGUACUCCCUACUACCUGUCACCAGAGAUCUGUGAGAACAAACCAUACAACAACAAAAGUGAUAUUUGGGCCUUAGGCUGUGUCCUGUAUGAAAUGUGCACACUAAAGCAUGCUUUUGAGGCUGGGAACAUGAAGAACCUGGUGCUGAAGAUCAUCCGUGGCUCCUAUCCCCCCGUCUCCGUCCACUAUUCCCAGGAACUGCGCUCUCUGCUGGCACAGCUCUUCAAACGCAAUCCCAGAGAGCGGCCGUCCGUCAGCAGUGUUUUGGACAUUCCAUUCUUGUCCACCAGGAUCCAGAAGUUUCUCACACCACAGCUCAUUGCUCAGGAAUUCCAACAUUCUUUUCAACACAGACAGCCCAAAGUCAGUGAGUCCCACGGACCAACAGCCAAACGUCCUCCUCCAGGGUGCUCCCCACUCCCUCCAGCCCAGAAGAUCACCAAACCAGCUGCCAAGUACGGAGUGCCUUUGACUGUGAGGAAGGUGUCGGACGCGGCCAAGAAGCCUGUGGAGAGGAGAGCACUGCUCAAACACAAAGCGGCUCCUCCCCCCGCAGCCUCCAAACGACGAGAGGACGAGGAGGAGAGGAGACAACACGAGGAGGGGGUGAGAAAGAAGAGGAUGGAGCUGAUAGAGAAGGAGAGGAAACAGAGAGAGCAGAUGUUCUUGUUGAGAGCAGAGCAGAUGAAGAGAUACGAGAAGGAGAAGAUCAGUCGUAUAAACCAGGCUCGAGAACAAGGCUGGAAACACGUCCUGAGUUCAAGUGGAGGCAGCAGUCCAGAGAAGAAGUGUUUUGCAGGUGUGCGACACAGGGCUGCUCGUCCUGGUCCCUCUGUACCAGCCUACGCUCAGGGUCCAGGUCCAUCCCAGGUAUCAAGCCAAAGCCCGUACGAUUCCUACCAGGCCGGUCUGGACCAAACAUCUAAACCACAGUCCAAAGACCUCGGCAGAGAUGGACCUUCACCAGCUCCAGCGAGUCCCAGACGGGUACCAGUUUCUGUUGGAACAGUGCAACCCCACGGACCGACCUACCAUCUAAGUCAUGAUGUGAUCAAGAGAGAACUCCAGAGGCUGCAGUACGUCACUGUCCAGGCCCGUAUCAGUAGACAGAAAGGUCAGAUGGCUGCAGAUAGAGCCAAUCAAGUGGAGGAGUUUCUACAGCGUAAGAGAGAAGCCAUGCUCAACAAAGUCCGUGCUGAGGGACAGUUGGGAACUCGCCAGAGCCUGGCUGCCAUCUUUAUGACUCGGACUGGGUCUGUUCAGUACAGGAGACCCAGAGUGGACAAAGAGGAGGAGGAGUACUUGAAGAAACUGCGUCAGAUCCGUUUACUGAACUUCAAUGAACGUCAGCAGAUCAGAGCUCGACUCAGAGGAGAGAAGGUGGACAGUGAUGGCUCCGACAGUCCGGAGUCCAGCGAGGAGGCAGAGUUAAGGAGGAAGAAGAUUGAGGCUGUCAAGGCUCAGGCCAACGCUCGUGCUGCUGUUCUGAAGGAGCAGCUGGAGAAGAAGAGGAGGGAGGCCUACGAGAGGGAGAAGAAAGCCUGGGAGGAACAUCUUGCAGCUCGAGGGUUGAAGGUUGGCAUGAUUGCAGCCACACCUGCAGCAGCUCCUGUCUCCUCCUCGUCCGAGAGUCCUCCUCCUCAGACAGAGACUGUGGUAACAGCUGUAGCAUCCACUCCACCCAAACCCUCCACCCCAGACAUAUCCAUGACUGCUGCCCUGAAGAACGUGGGAGUGAUGACUCCUCCCAAACUAACCACCCAUCUGACUGAGACGUCUUCGGGUGUCCAGACUGAGAAGAAGCAGAUUCUGCAUCGACUCAACCAGAACCUGAAAGGACAGGGUCCAGUGGAGUCACUCCCUCCUCCUGCUCCUCCUCCGACCGAACCAGGCCCUGCUCCUCCGCAGAACCAGUCUGACACGGAGAACCAGCCCUCUUCUAACGACGACAGGAGGAAGUGGGAUGCAGCAGGACUGCCAGUACUUCCUGUUGCUCAGGAAACACUCGCAGGAAUGUGUGAAACAACACACGCCACCCCUCUGUCAGUGCAAGACAGACCGCCCUCUGGUGGCGACAGGAAGAAGUGGGAGGCUGGAGUUCCACUCAUCGUCCCUGUGGCUCAGCAGACUCUGGAGGAAACCUGCUUCACCACCAUGGAGGAAACGUCAGGGGUCAUCCAGCUGCAGCAGGAGGCUCAGAGGAAGGUGUGGCCAUCCAGCCCAGAUUCUCAGGUCCUGAAGCUCCUCAAGGAGGCAGAGCUGCAGCCUCUUACUCAACAGCUGGAGGAGUUGACCAUGGUUCAGGAUGAUUGUAACUGGUCUCCAGCACCUGACCAAGAUCCAGCCUCUCAGCCCAAACCACCUGCAGCUCAGGAGACAUCUGUGACGGUCAACGGAGAGACUGCUUCGCUGACCUUUGACCUCACACAGACUCAGGAUCCAGCAGAUGUGGAGUCUUUGGUUUUAGAUGAGACGCCCAAACAGGACUGCCCGCCCCCUGCUGGUGUUCAACUGGCGUGGAAGGAGGAGGAAGAAGAUGAGGACAAGCAGGAGCUGGCGGUCCAGCAGCCACUGCCACCAGAGGGCGAUAGCAGCGCCACAGUCAACAAAGAGGGUGAAAAAUGUGCAAAGAAACAAGCAGAGACCUCUGCAGCGGCUCAGUGGGAGGAGCCUCUCUUCGUCAAGCUCUGCUCUCCCGUCCACAGGCGUACCGCCGCCCUUGCCGCCCUCUCGGCUCAGUCCUCGGUGGAGGACUCCUCGUCCUCUCUGACAUCACGCUCUCGCUCCGUCUCCCCUCUGCGCUCCAAACCUCACAGCUCGCUCCUCAUUGGUCUGUCCCAAGGCAUGUUUGAUGCCAAUAAUCCAAAGAUGCUGAGGACCUGCUCUCUGCCAGACCUCAGUCGACUCUUCAGUGCUCUCCAGGAUUCUGCUGCAGCAGCUGAGGCUGAUGUUCCUCCAGACAACAACAUGGAAAUGGAAGACCUGGAGGAUGGAGCUAAGGAGGAAGAGGAGGAGCAGUCUGAGACUGAAGAGGCUUAUGAAGAUGAGGACCUGAGGAACAUCAGAGCGUCCAUGGAGCGUCUCCUGCAGGAGGACCAGGAUGUGAUGCGGGACACUCCAGAGGAGGGAGCAGGAGAUUUCAACGGAAAUGCAUCGGUUUUAAAUGAAGUCACUCCUGACAUAGACCAAGACAACAAUCUGAUGAAUGUAGAUGAAGACGAUGAUGAAGAUGUGGAGGAGGAAGAAGAUGAGGAGGCAGAUGAGGAGGAGGAGGAGGAGGAAGAAUGCUCCAAUGGAAGUCCUGGAGAUGAGGAGGUGGGAGAGCCGCUGUCCAAUGGUAUGGAAGGAGAGAACCACAGUAACUGCCCCAUUAAUGAAGAGUGGCAUUCAGACAGCAGUGGAGAAGACCAGGGUGGAGACACUGGACAUUAUGACAGCAUCUUCAGUCGUCUGGAAGAGCUGCGCUUCAACCUGGAGCAGCAGAUGGGUUUUGAGAAGUUCAUCCAGGCCUACAACAAGAUCAAGGCCAUACAUGAAGAUGAAGACGAGAACAUCGACCUGGGCUCCAGUCUGGUGCUGAGGAUUCUGGGUACCGAGCAUCAGCAUUUGUAUCCCAACAUCCUCCAUUUGGUGAUGGCGGAUGGAGUGUAUCAAGAAGGUUAGCAUAUUUUCAUUUUAAUGAUAAUGAAGACUGAUGUUUCUUUUGGGAUGAAUCUCCUACCGAUGACAAUCGUCUCUUCCUUUGACGUCUUCCUCUGACACUUCCUCUCCUUUUGAAGGAUCUAUGCAUGAAGUCUCCAUAUCCUCAACUGUGCACUUAAGUUAAAAUGUGGAACUCAAGGAAGUGUUUAAAAUGUUUGUGUGGACUCCAUGUUCUCUUCAGUGUUCCUUCAGAGAGUGCAUUAUAAACGACAGUGUCGUCGUCAUAACUGACCAAAGUUUACUGUUGAAGCAGCGUUUUCUGCUCAUGUUGUUAAUGAUCAGCACAACUGAAACUAAACCACGUUUUCAGACUGGAGUCUGACUACGUCUGCUGCAUCUCUGGAGCUGAGCUGUCAUAAAAAAAUUAAUCAUAUUUGUUAUCAUUCAUUCAAAAACAUGUUGGUAUAUAUUUUAUUCAGAAUUGAAUGUUGUAGCAGCAGGGGGCGCUCAGAGCAGUCAGCCGUGACUCUGUUUGACCACCUGCUUUGCAAAAAACCCACAUUAUGCCUUUAACAUCUUUGGUGACACACUGAAACCAGGAUUUUCUCAGAACCAGAACAACAUUUUUUGUAAACGUCAGGUGUCUCUGGUACGGAACAUUUCAUUUACUUUUCUUCACACUUUGAAAUUAGUCAUUUUUGUUUGUUGACAGUCACACUGUUGUUGUUUGUUGUUGUGGCCAUAUGACACUGUAGUAUGGGACGUUUGACUUUUAUGUAAAUUAUAUAAACAAUGAAAAUAAUAUGAUUUAAAAUAAAAUAUUAUUGAAUAUUUUUGUUUAAAUAAAGGUUUUUGAAACGA